UGUUUCAGGUUGGCGGGUGACAUACACCUAACCUCAUAAACGGAGACAACGAGAGAGAGAGAGAGAGAGAGAGGAAGGGGGAGUUCUUUUUGGUCAAGUCGGUGCAGAGGUUGUCUGGUCUAACACUGCACCAGCCACCGUGUGUCUGAGGGCCCGAUUUAGUUGAGGCUUCUGCCGAAAGGUCGCAGCCCUCCUCUACUCUCUGUUCACUCCAAUUCUCCUUCCGAAGAAGCAGCGCCAGCUGUUUUAGCCACCAAAACCCCUACACACACUUCCCUGUUAUUUUGGAGGAAAGAAGACAUGUUCCUCACAAGAUCUCUUCGUCUCUGCCCACUUCCAUUGGUAUCACAUUCUUCUUUGGUUGCUUCUUUUUCUUCUUCUGCUGCCGCAGUGGAAGCCGAAAGAGCCAUAAGAGAAGGGCCCAGAAGCGACUGGACCAGAGGAUCCAUUCGAGAUAUUUAUGACUCCCCACUUCUGGAUUUGAUCUUCCAUGGCGCACAAGUCCACCGUCAAACACACAAUUUCAGGGAAGUACAACAAUGCACCUUACUUUCUAUUAAGACAGGUGGGUGCAGUGAAGAUUGUGCGUAUUGUCCACAGUCUUCUAAGUAUGACACGGGGGUGAAAGGUCAAAGGCUUAUGGACAAAGACGCAGUCUUGAAAGCUGCAAAGGAGGCAAAAGAGGCUGGUAGUACACGUUUCUGUAUGGGAGCAGCUUGGAGGGACACUUUGGGUAGAAAGACCAACUUUAACCAAAUUCUUGAAUAUGUGAAAGAAAUAAGGAAUAUGGGUAUGGAGGUUUGUUGCACCUUGGGUAUGCUAGAGAAGCAUCAGGCAGAAGAACUUAAGAAGGCAGGGCUCACAUCUUACAAUCACAACCUUGAUACUUCAAGGGAAUAUUAUCCAAAAAUCAUUACAACAAGAUCAUAUGAUGAAAGACUGAAGACUCUAGAGUACGUCCGAGAAGCUGGGAUCAGCGUCUGUUCAGGAGGAAUAAUUGGUCUUGGAGAAGCUGAAGAGGAUCGUGUGGGACUGCUUCAUACACUAGCAACCCUUCCAACUCAUCCCGAGAGUGUUCCCAUCAAUGCUCUGGUUGCUGUGAAGGGCACACCUCUUCAAGAACAGAAGCCUGUUGAAAUCUGGGAAAUGCUUCGGAUGAUUGCAACUGCUCGUAUUGUGAUGCCUAAGGCAAUGGUCCGGUUAUCUGCUGGGCGAGUCAAAUUUUCUAUGCCGGAGCAGGCAUUGUGUUUUCUGGCUGGUGCAAAUUCCAUCUUCACUGGAGAUAAGUUAUUGACCACCCCAAACAAUGACUUUGAUGCUGACCAAUUGAUGUUCAAGGUGCUUGGACUCAUUCCAAAAGCUCCAAGGUUCUCUAGUGAAACAGACUCCUGUGGUUGCAGAGCUAAGGAGACUGAACUUGCUAAUCAAAAUUCUGAAGAAGCACUAUCUGCAUCCGGCUGAGAGAAAUGUAGUGAUUUUUUUCAUUUAUUCAAGUGAAUCAUGUUAGCUGCAUUUCGAGAAGUAGCAUUGUCUCUCUUAAGGCUCUUGUUGCUUGAACUGAUGUAUUUACACUUAAAUUCCAGCUGCAAAAUUGGGGCCUUUUAUAUGUGUUUCUUAGUUUAUAAAGAAUGAAAACUUGAAGAAGGUUGUCUUGAUC